CUGAGGUAUGUCAUCGACCGAUCACCACACACACCUGCCCUGCCAGCGGAGCGUGUGCGCGGGCAGAUGCGUAUCUGUUUCUUGGGUGGAAGUUAGGAUGCUGGAAAGGUGGGACAAGGAUCUGUACAACUGGAGCUCAUAUCGGAGAGAGGAGCACACCUUCACUAAAAGAUACAGGGAAUUGGGUGAAACCUCUUGUGAUCGUCUGCUGAGCUCCACCCCGAAGUCUACCGGGGUCAGGGUCCGCUCAGCCCCAGCCGCCAUGACAGACAACACCGCCUGAGCUUCUCAGUGACACCCUAUGACAGGGGAGGAUGGGUGAUGGGCCCGUGAAAUUCAGCGGCCUCUCUCCUCCUUAUCCCAUCCUCUCAUGGAGCAUCCUGUCACACCGAGCCCCUCCUGGAACACUUCUCUCUCCGGCCUCUCCACCUUUCCAGCCUCACUGCACCCGAAUAUCUCUAACGUGACCCCGCCCGUCGCAAGCGUCCGAGGCGGGGUGGACCUGAACCAGUCCUUGGCGCUGUGUGCUAUGCUCAUCAUGGACGUGCUGGCAGUGGUGGGGAACUUGGCCGUGAUGAUUGUCAUCACCAAAACUCCACAGCUGCACAAGUUUGCCUUCGUGUUCCACCUCUGCCUGGUGGACCUGCUGGCAGCGCUAGUGUUGAUGCCUCUGGGGAUGCUGUCAGACCGGAUCCUGGUGGACGAGGCGCUGUGUCGGAGCUACCUCUGCUUGAGCGUGUGUCUUGUCAGUGCUGCUAUCCUCACCAUAUGUGCCAUCAACGUGGAGCGCUAUUACUACAUCAUCCACCCCAUGCGUCAUGAGGUGAAGAUGACAGUGGGGGUGGUGGUGAUGGUGCUUGUGGGAAUCUGGAUUAAAGCCGUUGUCAUGUCAGUGCUGCCUCUCCUGGGAUGGCUGCUCCAGGGGAACCCGAGUCUGGGGACGACUUCAUUCCUCGUUCAGGGUCAGAGACGCUGCUCCCUCCACUGGACAGGAGGCAGGACCACACGGCUGCUUUUCAUGGUCUUCUUUACAUUCAUCUAUUUUCUGUGCCCCAUGCUGAUCAUUCUGGUGGUCUACUGCAACAUGUUCAAGGUGGCGCGAGUUGCAGCCAUGCAGCACGGCCCCCUCCCCACUUGGAUGGACACACCGCGACAAAGGUCCGAGUCCAUCAGCAGCCACUCCACCAUGGCAGCCAGCCUCGGCGGAACUGGUGCCCGCACCACCCCUCAGAGGACCUUCAGUGGCGGGAAGGCCGCCGUGGUCCUUGUGGCAGUGGGAGGCCAGUUCCUCUGCUGCUGGCUGCCAUAUUUCUCCUUCCAUCUCUACUCGGCUGUGGCGUCUACCUCUCCCGUCUCGCUGGCCCAGCUGGAGGACGUGGUCACAUGGAUUGGCUAUUUCUGCUUCACCUCCAACCCCUUCUUCUACGGCUGCCUGAACCGGCAGAUUCGCGAGGAGCUGGGCCGCCACCUGGCUUGCCUCUUCAAGCGGGCUGGGCCCGGCGAAGGGGAGCAGCUGCCCAGCCGUGAGGCCUCUAUUGAGGAGAACUUUUUGCAGUUCCUUCAGGGUACGGGAUGCAAUCUGGAGCCCUGCAACUCUCACAGCAGAGCCAGCCCAGAGGAGCCGGAGACCGAGGGUCGUCCCGAAUCAGCUGUUCAGCAGAACACGCCAGCUGACUUCCACAUCCCAGGGCAGAUCCUCGAGGAAACCUCAGAGUUCAUACAGCGGCAACAGCUGAACAAUGAGCUACAUGUAUCAGAGAACUGCUGCAAAACUGUACCGGAGCUGUAGCUGCCUCUCAUGUACUGUCCCUGCCAUCUAUGAUACAAUAAAUAUACUUAGUUUUAUUCACAUUUUCUAAAAUGUGUUGAAUUAAUCUUGUUCGUGCUGCAGCAGUGCUUUUAAGCUACACAUCUAGUGAACUGCAAACCUGGUUUCUCCUUUGAAGAAUUAAAGUUAUGUAGCUUUCAUAUUCCCAUCAGUCCUCAGAAGCCAUGACGCUGCAGCAUUACAUGUUUUGAGAGCCACACAGUGUCAGGCUGUUUUCUGUGUGAUGUUAAUAGAUUGACACUAAACCCUCGUGCUGAUCGCAGGUCAGCGGAGGGACAAACAUCGCACAAACAUAAAGAAGUGCUGAAACUCUUCAGGUGGAACACAGUUUUCACGGUUUAUGGAAAACUACAAGAGCCAUUACAAGACAUUUUUAAAUGAAGACAGAAACGUGUAGUUUUGAUAAGCUUUCCUUUAACGAUUCAUUAAAAGUUGGGUUCUUCAUCAGACAUUAGAAUAUAAUGUACAGUACAAACUAAGCCAUAACACAUCAUCAUGACUCCAUCAAAAAUACUGUACUUCCAUUUGUAUUUUCCCUCUUCUGGAUCUUUUUGCCAAUCAGAUGGCAAAAUAUUGCCUCUUUUUUGUCUUUUAAAGCUUGAAGAAGCCCCAUGACAAUCAGCUCAAACCGAUUCAGUGAUAAAGCUCUUUCUACGUGACUAAACAGACACCAGAACCAUUUAGGUUCAUCUCCAACAAAGUGUUAUUGUGUAGAGCUGUUUGUUGGGAGAAAGACUUGAGGAGGGGGUAAAAAGAACAAAAGGUUGUCAGUUAUUGUAGCUGUCCCUGCCAGUUUGUUAAGCGAGUUAAGACGAGGCUCUGUUUCCAUCAAUGCGCAUUUAUUCCAUGCUCUGAGCCAUUUUCUGAAACAAACUGUGGUUCCAUUUGAAAUAUUCAUUGUGUUGAAGAGGCUCAUUUCACAGCUGGUGCUGCUGCUGGUAUUUAUAAUAAACAGGCUGACACACCAGUGUAUUUUUAGCCAUUUUCCAGGAACAUUAUUAUCAUGUUUAUCUGUUCUAAGUCUUGUGAUUAUCACCUCCUCACCGAAAUCAUCUCACAUUGGUAGACUCGUGAUUUCACCCCCUUCCACUCAAGGAAGAACAUUGUGAGUGGUUUCAUUUGUACGACAGUGAUGGAGUUCAUUUGAGCGCUGCGAAAACAUUGCCGCACGAAAGCCGCCGGUUUGCUGAAAUAAGGCUCGAUGUGGAUAGACUCGGGACGCCGCGACCGGUCCCCGUUACCCCGAGUUGUCUGUGCUGUUUACAGGUAAACACAGGCGCAGUGCGAGUGCUCUUGUGUUUGUGCUUUAAACAACCAGGCUUGUUGUGGCUACACAGCACACAGGUGAGACCAUGCUUACACAUGGCAAGCUUUGCCUUUGGCCUCAUUUGGCAACAAAUGGAAAACACUGGUGAUACUUUCUCUGAUCUCAGGUGGAAUACAAACAGUUUGCACACGUCACACGAGCGGUGACAAAUGUUCCAAAGAAAAUUACAAGGCACAAAUCUCUUACUAAACACUUUUUUUGGGUCUCUUUUUAUACUUGCUCUCUCUCUUGCUGCCUUCAUCUAUUUUGAACUGCCUCAUAGUGGACUGUUGCCGUGAUCACAAGACUCCACAACACCAGGCGCACAGGGAAGGCUCAUAUUUUGCUGGGAGUCAGAACAAAAAGGUCUUUUUGUCGGGGGGGAGGGGGACAUAAUGUUCUUAAUUUUCUUUGCAAUAUGACCUUGUUGUGGACCGCUUUUCAGAUGGGGUCGUCAUGUCAUCUUGUUUUAAAUGUUCCUCUUGAGUCAAAAGAUGGUGCAGUAAUGUGAGGCCCAAAUUUAGCUGAGUGGAUAUAAAAUAAAACAGUGAGCACAAGACGAUAUCACUGCUGCAAUCUACAUCCAAUAUGUAUGCUUUUUCAAUUUAUCUUGAUCAGUAAUAUUAAAACCACAAAACACACUAAGUAUUACUGAUAUAUGAUUUUAUGUUAUGAAGUAACAUAUAUCUACCUUGAAUGAUUACACCAGCAUACAGAUACAGGGGUUUAAUCUCCAUGGAUCAGGGGUGCCCAAACCUUUUCCCUCUGAGGGCCAAAAAAACUGGUUUACUGGUCAGCCACAGGCCAAAAGCAGACACAUAUUGCACUGUAUUGUGUUGUUAAGAUGCAAACUGGUCCUAAAAUCCCAAAUUCCCUUAAUUGACUUCCUGCAUCACUUUGACCGCUGUGCUCAGAUUAUGAAAAAAGAGCAUUUUUACCUUCAAAAAAAAUAAAACAGCAUGAACAGUCAUUUAUAGUAUAAUUUUGUUUUUUUCAGUAGAAACAUCUGGCAGGCCAAAUCAAACCUCCAAGUGGCCCCCACUUUUUGCCAGCCCUGCUUUAAAUAAUCUCUAAUCUCUCCACAUUGAGCAUUAUUGAUCAUCUCCUCUCUAUGGCACAUUGUUGUAUUAAAUUCACUACUAUUUCACACAGUCUGGGGUCAUUACAAAGCCCUUAUGUUGAGAGUGAUCGAUCUGCCCUGCACUUGGGUGGAUCUCCGUUACCGUAGCAGCAAAAUUGCCAAGACCAAUCUUAUUAAAUGCUUUAAGCUUUAUUUCUGCCACCAUCUGUUGAUCACAAGGAUGAAGAAAUAAGCUGUUCUGAAGGUGAAGGCAGAUAAUAUUCCUAACUUGACGGCCACAGUUACUUGAUAUGUUCAUUAUUUCUCUGUAUCUGUAUUUUUUUCUUUUUUGUACUUGAGCUGAAAACACUGUUUGGAUUCUUCAUUAUUAGGGUUUGUUUUUCCGUUGUGAAGAUUUCCCUGUGUGUUGGUUACCCAUCAGUUGAUUAAAGACACAGCAAGAAGAUUCACUUGACUGUCAUGGUUGUUGUCGUAGCCUAGUUACUAGACAUUUUCAGAUAAAUAACCACAUCUAUCUCACUCCCAUCAAUCACCUCUUCCCCUCCUGCCCUCUAAUUGCCUCCUCCAUGUGUAUGUGCAUGUGUGUGUGUGUGUGUGUGUGUGCAGACAGAGGAUGCAGCGUCACAGAGGUGAAAUGAAGCACUGAGAACAGGAUGAAAGAGGAGUGACAUUUGGAGGAAGGCAGGAUGCUGAAGCUCAGUCAGCGGGGGGAGGUUGUGAAUGGCACUGUAAUGUUCAAUAACAGAACGCUGACCCAACUCCCUGGUUGACCUUUGACCACAACUUCAGGCUCCACACAAUGUAAAAACACCUCAACUUU